GUGGGGGGGGGGAGACGAGAAGUGAAGCGGAGCUCCGGCGAGAACGGCACAGACGCAGAGGGAGACGGAGACGGAGACGGAGACGGAGGCUGCUGGUGGCACCUCACCGGCUCCACAUCCUUUAUCGAGUCAGUCAUCUCCUCCGCGGUGCUUCACGUUAGCAAAGUGCCAUUUAGCCGACAUGUCAUGGAGACCGCAGUGACAACACCGCCUAACAUGUGAGGAGCUACACGAGAGCAAAGAGAGCGAGCGACUGUGUGUCUGCUUCCCCCACCUCCCCGGCCGUCUUGUUCGUGAUUCUCUUCAUCUCAUUUUUUGUUGCCAUUUUUGGCGUGCGGUGCAUUUUUGCCUCUGCGUUUGGAGUGAAUAGCAUAACCAAUAUGAGGAAGUUCAAGAAGGUACUGGAUGGCCUGACGGCGGUCUCAUCUGCCUCCUCUUCUUCACAACCUGGAAACAGGGAAAAUGACAUCCCAGAGAGCCUGCAAUCCGAGCACUUCCAGCUCUGCAAGACGGUUCGCCAUGGUUUCCCAUAUCAGCCCUCUGCAAUGGCUUUCGAUCCUGUGCAGAAAAUUUUGUCCAUCGGGACGCAGAAUGGAGGUUUGAGGCUCUUUGGCCGCCCAGGAGUUGAAUGCUAUUGUCAACAUGACAGCGGAGCAGCAGUGAUACAACUUCAAUUUCUGAUUAAUGAGGGAGCUCUUGUGAGUGCCUUGGCAGAUGACAGCAUUCACCUCUGGAACCUGCGGCAAAAGCGACCUGCCAUUCUUCAUUCGCUUAAGUUCAACAGGGAGAGGAUAACAUUUUGUCAUCUGCCCUUCCAGAGUAAAUGGUUGUAUGUUGGCACAGAACGAGGAAAUAUUCACAUUGUUAAUGUGGAGUCCUUUACUCUCUCAGGCUAUGUCAUUAUGUGGAAUAAAGCCAUCGAACUAUCAUCCAAGUCUCAUCCAGGACCAGUUGUCCACAUAAGUGAUAAUCCAAUGGAUGAAGGAAAGCUCCUCAUUGGAUUUGAGUCAGGAACAGUAGUAUUGUGGGACCUCAAGUCAAAGAAGGCAGACUAUAGAUAUAAUUAUGAUGAGGCUAUUCACUCUGUUGCCUGGCACCAUGAAGGAAAGCAGUUUAUCUGCAGCCAUUCGGAUGGCACUUUGACCAUAUGGAAUGUAAAAUCGCCUGCUAAGCCUGCUCAGAUAAUCACUCCACAUGGAAAACAGCCGAAGGAUGGAAAAAAGCCAGAACCCUGCAAACCCAUCCUGAAAGUUGAAUAUAAAACCACCAGGGCUGGAGAUCCAUUCAUGAUUCUAUCAGGGGGCCUGUCAUACGAUACUAUAGGAAGAAGACCAUGUUUAACAGUAAUGCAUGGAAAGAGCACAGCUGUACUAGAAAUGGAUUAUCCCAUUGUUGAUUUUCUAACACUCUGCGAAACGCCAUAUCCUAAUGACUUUCAGGAACCUUAUGCAGUGGUGGUCCUUUUGGAGAAAGAUUUAGUUGUUAUUGAUCUUGCACAAAACGGAUACCCCAUAUUUGAAAAUCCAUAUCCUUUGAGUAUUCAUGAGUCUCCAGUUACUUGCUGUGAAUACUUUUCAGACUGCCCCGUGGACAUCAUACCUGCACUUUAUUCAGUUGGAGCAAGACAAAAGCGACAGGGAUACAGUAAAAAGGAAUGGCCUAUCAGUGGUGGCAACUGGGGUUUAGGUAAUCAGUGCUAUCCUGAGAUAAUUAUCACUGGGCAUGCUGAUGGAUCAGUAAAAUUCUGGGAUGCUUCUGCAAUAAUGUUACAAGUACUUUAUAAACUGAAAACUGCUAAAGUCUUUGAGAAAUCCCGGAACAAAGAGGAUAAACCAAGCACAGACAUUGUAGACGAGGACCCUUUUGCCAUUCAGAUAUUGUCUUGGUGUCCAGAGAGUCGAAUGUUGUGUGUUGCUGGCGUCUCUGCACAUGUUAUCAUCUAUAAGUUCAGCAAGCAGGAAGUUACCACAGAGGUGGUUCAGCUGCUUGAAGUUCGCCUUCAGUAUGAACUCAAUGAUGUUGAUUCUCCAGACGUGGAUCAGAUACCACCUUUGCCAACUCCAGGGGCCUCUUCCAAUCCACAGCCUCCUGCACCUCAGUCCCAUCCUUCUACAAGCAGCAGCUCUUCAGAUGGCCUCCGGGACAAUGUACCUUGUCUCAAAGUAAGAAGUACUCCAUUGAAACAGUCUGCUGGUUACCAAGUGGAGCUAGUUAUUCAGCUGGUCUGGGUCAGCGGGGAACCUCCACAACAAAUAACCAGUCUUGCUGUUAAUUCUUCAUAUGGGCUUGUGGUUUUUGGCAACAGUAAUGGCCUUGCAAUAGUUGACUAUCUUCAGAAGACAGUCCUCCUCAACCUGGGAACUGUUGAAUUAUAUGGUUCCAAUGAUCCUUAUCAAAGACAACCACGAUCACCACGUAAAACACGACAACCUUCUGGAGCAGGUCUGUGUGAUAUUAAUGAAGGAUCCACGACUUCUGAAGAUCGCUGCAAAUCUCCAACUUCAGGUUCAACGUCACCAUGCAAUUCUGAGGAUGACCAGAAAAUACCUAGAUUUAUAGAAAUGGUGAGGAACAAAAGCAGAAACUUUUCCAAGAUGGUAGUCAAUGACCUAGUGGUGACGUCAAACCAUCAGCUGUUCCACAAUGGAGGAGGUAAAGGAGCAAAGAUGUCACGGAAACUAAGCUUACCUACUGAAUUAAAGCCAGAUUUAGAUAAAAGGGGGAAACUACUUUUACGUCUAAGUGAGAAGCGUUUUAGUGUGGAUUUGAAUAAGGUUAAAACUUGUGGAGAAUUCCCCGGGACCUGUUCAUGCCUUCUUUUAAAUAUCAGAGACAACUCAUUCAGUCGCUCACGCAGCUCCAGUGUAACAAGCAUUGACAAAGAAUCGCGAGAGGCCAUUACGUCAUUACAGUUUGGAGAGACAUACACACGGAAGACAGACAGUGCUACUGCUCCCAGUUUGUGGGUGGGCACAUCCCUAGGCACAGUCGUUGUCAUCGUGUUGAAUCUUCCUCCUCCUGGGGAACAGCGACUUCUUCAGCCAGUUAUUGUCUCACCCAGCGGAACCUUGAUAAGGCUGAAAGGAGCAAUUUUGAGAAUGUCAUUCCUGGACUCCACAGGCAUGUUGUUUGCACCACCUUAUGAGUCCUGGCGUGAGCCAAAUGCUCCAGAAGAUAAAGAUGAAAAGGACAAGCAAAGGAAACGGCGACCUGCCUCAGUUUCCCCUUCCUCAUCUCAGGAAAUCUGUGAAAAUCAGUAUGCAGUGAUCUGUUCAGAAAAACAAGCCAAGGUUAUUGCACUGCCAUCCCAGAACUGUAUUUAUAAACACAAUAUAACAGAGACUUCUUUUGUUCUCCGGGCUGAUAUAGUGCAAAUGAGUAAUAGUAUCUGCCUUGCAUGUUUCUGUGCCAAUGGACAUAUCAUGACCUUAAGUUUGCCAAGUCUAAGACCGCUGUUGGAUGUAAAUUACCUACCCUUGACUGAUAUGCGGAUAGCUAGAACAUUCUGCUUUACCAAUAAUGGGCAGGCAUUAUAUCUUGUGUCACCAACUGAGAUUCAGCGAAUAACCUACAGCCAGGAAACGUGUGAAAACCUUCAGGAAAUGUUAGGGGAAUUGUUUACACCUGUAGAGACACCUGAAGCACCAAAUCGAGGUUUCUUUAAAGGUCUUUUCGGUGGUGGAGCACAGUCCCUUGAUAGGGAAGAGCUUUUUGGUGAAUCAGUAGCUGGAAAAGCAUCCCGAAGUCUUGCUCAGCACAUCCCUGGUCCAGGAGGAAUUGAAGGAAUGAAGGGUGCAGCAUCAGGUGUUGUAGGAGAGCUCGCCCGAGCCCGUAUUGCUUUGGAUGAACGAGGGCAAAAGCUAGGGGAGCUGGAAGAAAGGACAGCUGCAAUGAUGGCCAGUGCAGAUUCAUUCUCAAAACAUGCCCAUGAUAUGAUGCUCAAGUACAAAGAUAAGAAGUGGUACCAAUUCUGAUUAUAAAGGGACACUCUGCGACUCUUGUAAACUGCGCUAUCUGGAAGAAAUUGCCCUACUCCCUCCAUUUAUUUCCGCAGGAAAAGGGUGAUUCGUCACAGAGUACUGCUCUUUCCUAGCACAAUAUCAUACACUCUUUUACCUCAGUCAUGUGGCUUUAACUGAGGAGCAUACUGAAAAAAAAAACUUUUUGGGGUGGGAGUUGGGUGGAACCACUUGAAGGGUUUUUUUUUUUUUUUUGGUGUUGUUGUUUAUGUUGAUUUACAUUGUCAUUGUUUCUUUCUCCUUUUUGUCUACUACGCCUAAUGGUUGGUACCUGUAUGCAACUGGACAGAGGAGCGAGUGCAGACUGUUUUUUGUUUUCUUUUUCCUCUUUUUCAUAUGCCAUACUGUUUUGUGUUGCUUUGUCUGCUGCCAGAAUGUCAUUAUAGCCAGGGUCAUAAAAAUGACUUAUUAAAAACAAACUCUGUAGAAGGUGUGUGUACAAUAGAAGUAUAUGUGUGUGUAUAUGCGCAAAUGUAUGUUAUACACUGUAUGUACAUACAGUAUACUUACAUUUAUUUGUAUGUGUCUCAUUUUAUAUAUUUUUUUUGCCAUGGUUAAGGACAAACUGAAAAGGUGAAGCAGCAAACGAGAGAUGUCAUAAAGUGAAAGUGAGGACCAGGGCCCAGAGAGCAUACCUUACUCUGCGUUCUCCAGGACAUCUGCUUCAUUUGUUUUAGGUACAUAGCAAAUGGAAUUUAGUUUUAUAUUCACUGGUUACUUAGGUUUUUUUUUUUUUCUUUGUUUUGUUUUUAUUUUUUUAAGGUCUGAAUGGCUUUUCAUUCAUUAAUUUGAAAUGUGUUAGGUGUCUCUGAAAAGCACAAGUUCAGACCCUUUAAUUAGUAAAGUUUACCUGAGAUCAGUGAAGUUGCUGCCUAGCAGUUUUAGUCCUGCUGUGUAUCGGAUUAUUUUUUCACUCCUUCUUGUAUUCUCAGUAUACUGCUCAAGUCAGAGUGUCUUCAGGAAUGGGGGCAAAAUACUUUCUGCUUUUUUUUUUUUACUCAUUUUCUAAUAUCCCAUUGAGUCUCCCUACUCUUACUAAAAUAUCUUUAAGAUGAAAUACAUUUUUUGUUUAUAAUUGACUUAUUCCCCCUAUUAAGAGUUGAAAAAGGAAAGAAACAUGAUGGUUCAAUGGUAAAAUUGACAAGCUUCCAGAGCAGCUGUAAACCAGUGGGGUGAGACUUGCAGCUUAUAUAUUUCUGUAUAUAGACAAUGUAAGAAUUAUUGAGCCAAAUGCAGUGCCAUCGGUUUGUAUUAGUGUAUUAUGUUUCAGGGACAGGGAGUAGAAAUGCCAUACACCAGUCUGCGUUGCCUUUGGUUUGAAGAUGCAGAUUGCAGUUUGCAGGGACUAAUGUGUUCAUCAACCUCUGUCUAUUUUGGUGUAUUUUAUUAUGAUUAUUAUUUGUUUUGGUGUCUAAAUUGUAUCAUUUAAGAGAUGGGGAGAAUUGGAACCAGAUCAUGGUACAUGCUGCCGUUAACAUUGGUACAGAGGAGAGCACUUGACUUUAUGCUUCAAUUCACAACAUUGACCAACACAUUGUUACCUGAAAGGUUCAUCAAUCUGUUUAGCAAAAAAGGACUAAAAAGCACAUAUCAUAAGGAUAAAGUUGGGGUGGGUUGGAGGUGAAGUAGGGUGCAGUAUUGCCUGUCCCACCACUGUUUACAGCUCACUUGCUGGUCAUUUGGAGCUGUGGUUAAUUAGACUCGCCUUUCUUCAGACCAGAAGCAAUUGAAAAACCCUUUGUCCCACACAUUUAAUGUCAGCCCUUGAAGUGGUCAAUUUGGACAUCUAACAGAAGCAUAUUUACUUGUAACCAGACUCUGUAGAAGAACGGCACCCCAUCUUCACAAAGUGAUGACCCAUGGCUCUUUCAGGGACGUCUAAGUCACCAUGAGCUGUUUCAGCUGAAAAACCCAUUUGUAUAUGCGUGUGCGGUGCUACACGCGAGCGUGUGUGUGUGUGUGUGUGUGUGUGUGUGUGUGUGUGUGUGUGUGUGUGUGUGUGCGCUUGCGUGUCUGAAUCUAAGUAUACAUUUCAUCUGCAUGGACUGUAGAAGGACCAGAAUACAAAUAACCAGUACAUACUGUAUAUAAAGCUCAUUGUUUUGAGAAAUACAGUACAUUACCUUAAAUAUGUUUUCAAUGUCUUAUUCUCCCCAAAUUCUGUUUUAUUUUAUCCUGAAGAAGUGCAAGAAACUGCUGCUAUUUGUGUUCUAUGUUAGUUUAUUGUCAAUAAUUAAUUCUUUUGGGUUAUUUUUUGUUUCUAAAGAAGGAAUGAUCUUUUUUGUGCUUGGAAAUUCUGCCAAAUUGCUAAUAUUAUGUAAAUAGUGGGACAAUCGGAGACAAAUCUGAAAGUGUUAAAAGUGGCUUAAAGACGCAAGUCAAGUUGCUCAUGUUUUUUAACGCCAAAGAAUUAUUUUUCAAUUGUUUUGGAUAAGAAGUUAAAUCAAUGUUUCCUGCCCUUUAAGCUUGCGUGCCUGAAGAAGAGGCAUCUAUGUGGGAUUUGCGGGAAACCGUUACAAGAAUGGGAAAUGUGAUGAAAAGUUGGGGUUUGUUCUAUCUUUGGACUUUUUGCAUCUUCCUUCUUAAAUGUGUUGGUAGAAGAAGAAGGCAUUCUAAAAUAGGGUUGGCUUUUUCUACAAAUAUAGACCAUUUAAUCCUAGAAUAAUAAAUACGUAAUGAAAAAAGGAGGGUAAAACCUGUAGAGAUUCAAAAUGAAAUUGUGCCGCUUUGGCAUGCCUAUGUGUGCUACUUGUCAGUGCACUACAGCUCAAAUAUCAUUUUCAGUUCGCCGAAGAGACCUGGACUGAAACAAGUGUGUCACCUAGAAACCUCUGUUUCUGUCUGUUUUAGUUUUGUAUGUCAUUCAUUGUCCUGCAUGUGUGUGACUGAUUUUUAAAGAGGACCAAAACGUACAGAGACGAACUAAACUGUGUCCAUCAUGGGGGGUGGGGGGAUGUGAAUAACGAAUGGCUGCACUUUCAGAUUUGUUUUCAAUGAUAGCCUCUGAGGAUCUCCUAUAUUUUAUACAUAAAACAAAUCUAUACUUUUAAUUUAAAGAAUUUUAUAUAUGUACAAUUUUAUGUCAUAAUUUAAGGAUUUCUGCUUUUAAGUGGUCUAAGUGCUUACAAGGUAUGUAUAAUACUCUAUGUUAAAUAUUAAAGAAAUUUGAAAAAAGAUGCCGUUUUACAUUUUCUAAUGAAAAUUGCUUGCAUCUCAUAAAAGUGUGGCUGUUGUCUGGAAAAGAGAAGCCCAACAGCUUAAAAUCAAACCUUCAUUUUCCACUGAUGAUGUGUCCAGCACUUUACGAAUGCAGGAACAAUUUUCUAAUUAGCGUGUUAGAUUUGAAUUUAGCGUGUUUUCUUUUUUCUUGCACAAUAGCAGAAAUAACGUUAUUGGAGGUUUACAAUAUUUUUUUAAUAUACCAGCCAUUUUCAUCUCCAUGUGAAGAUUUUUUUAGUCUCCAUAUUAGGAGGUAUGUUGUGUUUUUAACCAGUGAGUCCUCCUUUUUCUGGUAUGUUGAUUAUGCAUUAGUGUCUAGGCGUGUUUUGGUUUUUUUUUUUUGAAAAUAUAACAGAAAAAGAAAAAAAUACUGAAGUGCCCUCUCUUACUUUUUCCUUUUUCUUUUUUUAACAUCUACGUACUGCACAUGCAGCCAUUACCCUUCAUGCAGAUCUGUCUGUUUUUCAUCAGCCAUCUUCUCUGUGGGCCGGGAGUGAGGGGGAGGAGGGACAUAUCUGUGGGUUGCAGUAUUUUCUCAUUGUAGCCAAUUUUCUUGUACAGUUUUAUGCAAAUUUCACAUGGAUGUCUACUUUAUCUGCUGCCACAAACAAUUUAGAAAAUCUGUAGAUAGAAAUUACUGUGCAAUGAAAAAAUAAAUAUAAAAAAAUCAGA